CGCCCACACAGAUAUCAAAAUCUGUUGCUUUUCUCUGGGUAAACUGUAUGAAGUCAAUUUAAAGUCUCUGGCCCAGCUGGAGACCUCAAGAAGCGAAGGAAGCAAAUAUUUUAACGGAGUAUUCAGGAAGGAUACUGGUGGCACGCGGAAGAUCAGAGAGGCCGAGGCCCGAGAAGAGGCGCUGUAGCAAGCUUAGUCCGCGUGGCUCGGACCAGAGGCCAAUAAUCCGCUAUGGAGCAUGCCUUUACCCCGUUGGAGCCCCUGCUUCCCACUGGGAAUUUGAAGUACUGCCUUGUGAUUCUUAAUCAGCCUCUGGACAAACAUUUUCGCCAUCUUUGGAACAAAGCUCUUUUAAGAGCCUGUGCUGAUGGAGGUGCCAACCGCUUAUAUGAUAUCACCGAAGGAGAAAGAGAAAGGUUUUUGCCUGAAUUCAUCAGUGGAGACUUUGAUUCUAUUAGGCCUGAAGUCAAAGAGUACUACACUAUUAAGGGAUGCGAGCUUAUUCCAACUCCUGAUCAAGACCACACUGACUAUACCAAGUGCCUUAAAAUGCUCCAAAAGAAGAUAGAGGAAAAAGGCCUAAAGGUUGACGUGAUCGUGACGCUCGGGGGCCUCGCGGGGCGCUUUGACCAGAUUAUGGCAUCUGUGAACACCCUGUUCCAAGCUACUCGCAUCACUCCUUCGCCAAUUAUAAUGAUCCAAGAGGGAUCUCUCAUCUACCUGCUCCAACCAGGAAAGCACAAAUUGCAUGUAGACACUGGGAUGGAAGGUGUUUGGUGUGGCCUUAUUCCCGUCGGACAGCCUUGCAAUCGGGUCACGACAACAGGCCUGAAGUGGAACCUCACAAAUGAUGUGCUUGGGUUUGGAACAGUGGUCAGUACCUCCAAUACCUACGACGGGUCCGGCGUAGUGACCGUGGAGACUGACCACCCGCUCGUCUGGACCAUGGCCAUCAAAACCUAACCAACCGACCAGCAUCCGCGGUGCCUCUGCCUUACCUCACCUGCCAGCAAUUCAUUGCCCAACAGGCACAGCUCACCUGGGUUUGCAGGAAUCUAAACCUUUCCAUAGGAAGCCCACUAGUUUUAAGAUCUUACAUGAUA